GCGCCAAAAAGAGUACGCGAGAAAAGUGCAGUGAAUUGCAGCAUCAACAUUCGCAAAAUAGCGUCAAUUGGAUAAGGCGAAAGCAUUGCAAAGAUGAGCACAAGCCUGGACGAAACGAUAUGCGCAUAUUUUGUCAACAACACAAAGAGCGAAACGGAUGCCGACCGGGCAAUCGCCGAGCAAUAUGCCAACGCAUUGAGGCUGAUGCGAGCCCAGCUUGCGGACACGCAGAUCCGCGAGAUUCGUCCCAGCGAGGGCUUCCCACUGAUCGCCAGCGGCGGACUGAGCAAGAAGGAUGUCUUCGUACUGGCGCACUUUGAGGGCGAUCUGUUCGUGCAGCUGCAGUUGACAAAGGCUUUGGUGCUGGGACCGCCCUGCAUUGUGGAGUGCUUGGGCCGAUGUGAGCCAGUGCCGCUGGGCAGCAGUCCUAUCUAUGCGACUGCAAUGCGCGAUCUGCAGAUCUCGGCCAGCGGCACUAGCAGCAAGGAGAAGGAAGAGCUGAAGCAGCUCGUCCAGUGGAUGGGCGGACAUUAUUUCCAGAAUUUCGGACGCAACAUAACACACCUGAUCUCGAACACAAUCAAGACGAACAAGUACGAGCAUGCCACGCUCAACGGUGUGCCCGUCAUGCACGUCGACUGGGUGCAGUGCGUCUGGGCAUGCACACAGAAUACCAGCAGCGGUGGCAUAAGCGCCACAGAUCCACAAUUCGACAAGUAUCGUUUGCCCACAUUCUUUGGCGCGAACAUCACGUGCAGCGGCUUGGAGACGAGUCGCAAGGAUGCUGUGAUGCGUCUGGUCAAUGAGAAUGGCGGCAUCUAUCAUCGCGCCUUCCGUUCCCAGCUGGUCGACAUUGUCAUCACCGAGCAGUCGAAGACCGAUUCCGAUAAAUACAAGGCGGCGCUGCGCUUCAAAAAGGACAUCCUGCUGCCCGAAUGGAUAUUCGAUAGUCACCAGCGUGGCUAUGCGCUGCCCACCAAGCAGUACGAGGUGCAUCCCCGCAAGCAGAUGUCCACGCCGACGAAGCGGCAUGGCAACCAGACCGCUGCGGAUCACACCCAGCUCUCGGAUCUCUCGCGCAUCAGUUUCGUGUCCGCGCCAGGUCGUCGCAUGUGCAGCGACAAUACCACACUAAACGAGACCGUCUCGAGCAACUGCAGCGGGAUCGGAAGUGGGAGCGGGAGCGGGAGCGGAAGCGCAAGCAGUGCUGCCAAGCUGCUCAAACAGGCCACGUCCAGUGGCGGCCAAUAUCAGCAGACGCUGGCCGAGAUUAGUCCGCGCAAGGCGAAGCAAGCUGGCAGCUUCCUCGACGGCUGCUGUAUCUAUUUGAGUGGCUUUCGCAGCGUUGAACGCGAGAAGCUGCGUCGAGUUCUGAAUACGGGUGGCGCCACACGAUACGAUGACCUGCACGAAGCACUGACGCACAUCAUCGUCGGCCAGCUGCUAGAUGCUGACUAUCGACAGUGGCAAGCGCAAGGACUGCUCUCGUCCGUGCAGGUGGUGCAACUGGAUUGGCUGCUGGAGAGCAUACGUGCUGGUCACAUUGUCAGUGAAGUUAAUCAUCGCAUCUCGCUGCCGCAUGGGCAACCACCGGAAGCCGCCUCGCCGGCCAGCAAGCGAACGUUGCGCUCCAUGAAUCACAGUUUCAAGCAGCCGGCGGUGCCCAUCAAGAAGAAACUGUUCGAGCAGGCGGACGAGGCACGGCCAGAUGCUGAACCCGAACCCGAACUGGAACUGCUCACACACUACUCGCAGGAGCAGGAGCCAGCAAUGCCAUUGCCCGCUGCCAGCUCCACACAGCUCUCACUCUCAACGGCUGCUGCUCCUCCACAUCCACAUCCACCUCCUCCAACAUCUUUGGCAGUUGCCCUGCCGGAUUUGAGUGCCAGCACCCUCUCCAUUGACUUUGAUAAGCUGGAUUACUUUAUGGGGGCCUCGGUCUAUGUGCACGAGUCGUGCUUCAGCAGCGAACUCUACGACCAGAUGCUGAACGAGUGCCGAGCUGCACAGGGCUGCCUUGUGCCACCUAGCUAUACGGAUCUGGUCGAUUAUGCCAUUGUCAGCUUCGAGCAGGCGCUGGACGAAUCUGUGCUGCCGAUCAAAGCACGUCAUGUGGUCACCGAACUCUACCUGGAGAGCUGCAUGAAGCAGAACAAGCUGCUGCCACUGGAGUACUAUCACCGACCCGUGCCGCAUCGGGCACAAGAGGAACCGCUGCGCGGCAUGACCAUUGUGGUGUCCAUCUAUGCGGGUCUGGAGCGAGAUUUCAUCAAUGCGCUGGCCGAGCUGCUUGGCGCACAGCUGAACAAGGCAUUCGUUAAGAGGGAGCGACCACUGCUGGUUUGCUCCAGCGCGGAGGGCUCCAAAUACGAGGGUGCCCUCAAAUGGGGCUAUCCAGUGGUGCAUGCCGAUUGGCUGCUGCAGUGCGCCCAGCGUGGCGAGAAGCUGCCCUACGGUCGCUUUCUGGUGGGCAAAUGUGCCAGCGAGUUUCCCAUCUCACCGGGCCUCAACAAGAGCAAAACACUGACGCCCAAAAAUCAAAUGCAGCAGCAGCAGCAGCAGCAAGAGGAGUUGGAUGUGGAGGAACAGGAGCAGGAUAAGGAGCAGCGGCCGGAUUUGACGCCAUUGCGUAAUCCGCGCAUCUCGGAGCUGGUCACGGGCAUGCCGAGUGCGCGAAGACGCAGCUCCAGUGGCGUCUCUCCGGCCCCACAAACCCAACCAGAUUCUCCGCGGACACCACUCAGCCAGAAAGGCAGCAGCGCCGCUGGUGCAUGCAACUUUGAGUUUCUCGAGCAGGUGGUGCAGCGCCUGGAGACGAGUCAGGCGCGCAACUGUGUCCGUCAGAUCAUACGCGAAAUGCGCGAGAAUCCGACGCCCGAGCUGGAGCGGAUUAGGCGGCAGGCGUGCACGCCGGUGAAUCACCGUCAGUCAAAGCGGCCAGCUCCUGGCAUACCUAACUUCUGUUUGACGCCAGAGUUCCAGCAGCGAAUGGCCGAUGAUUUCGAGCGACGUUGGCGUCUGCCCAAGCAGCCAAUUAAGCCGGACACGCCCAUCGCGGUGAUUCGGAAGCGAGUGAUGCGCAUCACCUGCGAGACGCUGGGCAUUGACUACAGCGAACCAGAGGAAGAAGAGAAGCAGCAGCCCCAAAAGCAGAAGCAGCAGCAGAAGCAGAAGCAAUCAGUUGGACGCCUGCUAUUCCAGCCGGAAUCAGCUGUGGCAACAGCAGCAGCAGCAGCAGCUGGCGGCUCACCAUCUGUACCCAGUACACAAAGUCCCCGAGGAACAGGUGCAGCUGCCCAGGAAGAGCUGCCCAGUGGCAGCACCAUUAACUUUGACAAGAUCAGCUUUGAGGAGACGACGGACAAUUCGCUGGAACUCAAGCAGAUCACCGACUAUUUGAAGAGUCGCGAGACACGUCGCAGCAGCCUGAAGCGUGAUCACGACGGCCUGGCGAGAAGUGAGGCGCAAGUUGUGCAGCCCUUCGAGUCGGAGGGAUUUGCUCUAGCCGGCAGCGAGGAGAUGGUCGGUUGGCGGGAUCCGGCCGAUUUUAAUGGCGCCAGGCGCAGCACCGACGUCACUGACUUGUCGCUCAUGCGUCACCAGGGCACGCCAUGCUUCAGCAUCUCCUGUAGCGAUGAUGAGGAGAAACGUAUACUGCUCAUGGAACGCAUUCGUAUGCUGGGCGGCCAGAUCUGCCAGAAUCUGUCCAACUAUGAUCCGGCCUGCACGCACCUACUCUGCGAGCAUCCCAAUCGCGGCGAGAAGCUGCUCGGCUGCAUGGCGGCCGGCAAAUGGGUGCUGCAUAUUAGCUACAUUGAUCAGUGUCAUGCCCGCGGCGUCUUUUUGGAUGAGUGCCAGUACGAGUGGGGUAAUCCCAAGGCUCUCAAUUUGCCGACGCUGCCACCGGAGGAGCAGCAGAUCGCUGCUGCUGCGCAUCGUUGGCGCACCGAACUGGACAUGGACAGCGGUGCUUUCAGUGAUCAUCGUGUCAUACUCAGUCUACAGGAGCGCAAUCUGGCGGCCAUCAAGAAUGUUCUGCGUGCCGGCGGUGCCCAUAUUUUGGAGCCCAGCACACCCUUCAGCUCGGAUGCGUCGGCGGCGAGGGCCACACACUGCUUCGUCGAUGCGAAGAAGGCACCGCUGGCCGCCCAGGACUUUGCCUAUCUGCAGCAGCGUGGCGUACGCAUCAUGUCCCAGAUGUGCAUCAAUAGCUACCUGAUGGGCGGGCGUGACACCAAUCUGGAGAAGUACGCGUUGCGUCAGUAAAUCCAACGCACCAUUAUCCACCACAAAAGCAUCUUUAAUCGUCUCAUUCUCGUAUUGUUAUUUUUUUUUCUUGUUAAAUUCAUUUUGUGUUGAUCAUUACGGCUCUGAUGUCCGGAACCGUCUGAACUCAAGUCUGAUUUGAAAUUAAUUUGCUUGUGAUUACUCUAAUAUUUAUUUGGAUUCGUAUCGCCAGUCUCCAAAUAAUUCUGUAUGGCAGCGUUCAGCUUCUGCUGAUAUUCGUUACAGAAUAAACAAUUAAAUAAACAAACAAAAUAGCCCACACCUGUAAAUAUUAAACAAAACAUCAGCGUAUAUAUUUUAAAAUAAAGAUUUAAAGCAUACCUCCAGGCUGAUCCAAAUGGAUAGCAGAAAAGCAGCAAAUAAAAAUGUACAAAAACACCUUGAAUUUGGACAAAUCCCUGCAGAUUUUCAGGUUCUAUCGAACUGUAGUCAAGGAUCAUGGCGGUCAUCUAAGAGCCUAACUACUUGGAUGCUUUUAGUCGCAAGUCAUUUUUUUUUUGUUUUCUUAGAGGUAUAUUCCGAUCUGGAUAAUUCUUAAAAGCCUCCUAGCAAGUUUUCAAAAUACACAUCCUUAUAUUAAGAACAA